AUGGCCAAGAUAAGGCGUCGCGAGAACCCUUCUGCUACGCUUGGCGCUCUACAACCCACCCCAUCCACCAGUGUCUCAUCCGCCGGUACUAACAGUGGUCGGCCUCGAUCCUCAACAACAGCUUUACUUAAUUAUAUUAAUGACGUGCCAAAAGAGGAAGCACAAAGGAAGAAAUCGAGGCAGAAACUCGUGUCCUUAUACCGGCUUCUUGUGCUCGAGCUAAAUUUACCUGGAAGCGUGUCUACGAAAUCAAGCUCAGCCGAAAAUAAAGGGGAGUCUAAGAAUUCACAGGAACAAUUGGCCAAUAUGGUAAAGGUACCUUUCUAUUUGGAGAAGUUCAUAUGUUUCGGCCUUCUUGUGUGCUCGAACGCGUUCCUCACGUUGUUCACUCUAGUACCACUCAAAAUAGCUAUAGUCACUUUCACAGCCUUCAAAGAAUUUCUAUACUCACCACAGCGGGAUAUGACGAUCUUAAUAAGAAAACUACAUUUUGUGAAACGUGAUUUGAUAACGUUGCUUCUUAUCAUCUCUUCAGUCGCACUUUUGUCAACCCGUUUGCUUGAAGUCUCUAGGCUAUACCACGAUAUCCGAGGACAGGCGCACAUAAAAUUGUAUGUGAUGUUUGGAGUCUUGGAAGUCACCGAUAAACUUUUGUCCAGUAUUGCCCUGGAAAUCUUUACUGUUCUUGUGGGGCUCCCUUUGACCAACAUGACUCCAAAUAGAUUCGGCAAGCUUGUCUUUUUUUCAGUCAUUGCUUUGGUCUUUUUUGCGUGUCACUCAUAUGUGCUAAUAUAUCAGUCAGUUGCCCUUCAUGUGGCUGCAAAUUCCUACUCCAAUGCUUUAUUAGCUCUAUUGCUUUCCAAUCAAUUCAGUGAACUCAAGGGCGCUGUCUUCAAAAAGUUUGAGCGUGAAGGAUUAUUCCAGAUCACAAUGUCUGAUCUCACUGAGCGCUUUCAAUUAUCAAUCAUGCUUUUUGUCAUUGCCUUGCGAAAUUUGUCUCAGUUGAGCAGCACUCAGUUGAGUUUGGUUCCAGAUAGUUGGAAGUCUUGGAACAAGUGGUUCGGAGCUAUUUUUGGUCCUUCAGUGGUAGUCCUCGGUAGCGAGAUACUCGUGGAUUGGAUCAAACAUUGUUACAUCAGCAAAUUUAAUCUCAUCAGGCCCAGAACAUAUGAGAAUUUUCUUUAUGUUCUUAGCACAGAUUUCAAAGAAGUUUUCACUUCUAACUCGAAGACUUGUACGCUGCAUGAAGUGUCAGACUAUAUCAUAUUGACUCGAAGAAUUGGUCUUCCAAUUAUACCUCUUACAAUAUGCUUCUUGAGAAUGGCGCUUAAAGACUUGAGACAGUUUUUCUUGCCGUCCUGUCUGCAAAUCCUGAGCAUAGUUUCAAGUGUCGUUCUAAUAGUGCUAGCCUUUGUUGUUUUGCUAGUCGCCAGACUUCUCUUGGGUCUAUGGCUUUUAAAGUGGGCUCGUUUCAUAAAACACAAUCACGAAGCCUUCCAACAAAACUUACAACUCAAAGCUGAUAUUUCUUCAUCAUCACAAUCUUCUGGCGAUUCGAAGGAAGAUAGAACACUUCGCCGACAUCAGAAUUCCGUUGAAACAGAAUAUGAGCAAUCUCAUCCCAGUGAAACUGAGGACGCUCCAUGCCCACCUGUGUCACAAUUAUUGCUGAAUUGUCCACCAUUAUUAAAGAACUCAAGCAUUCAUUUAUCUCUUCAGGAUACAGCAGGUGGGAACUACUGCGACGACAGUCAACUAACGUCUCCUUUGGAGCUGGAAAUUGAGUAUUCCUUUAUUCCCGGAAUUCCGAACACGGAAUCUUCGUCCAUUAAUCCGACAAUGAGAUCUUCUUUGUAUGACUUUGGAGAGAAAGUUCCUCCUACACUUGAGGAAAAAAGAAACAAGCAACUUUUGGAAAGGAACUUGAGAUCGAUGGGUGGGACAGAAGAUAUACGUCUUGACUCACUCCACAAAGUACACAGAUACGAGAUGUCUAGCAAAAAAAUUUGGUAG